AUGUCUGCUAAACAAUUCACUCAGAAAGCUCACGAAAGUGACGUUUUGGACGGCUUCCUCCUGGUACGACCUGUAUGGGUUGACGAUGAGACCGUCAAAGCUUGCAAAGGUUGCGAAGCAUCCUUUAAUACUUUAAGACGAAAACAUCAUUGUCGUCAAUGUGGGAACAUAUUCUGUCAAGAAUGCACCUCAAAAAACAUUGCAUUACCUCAAUUAGGUUAUUUAAAACCAGAACGUGUUUGCAGUGGAUGUUUUGAAAUCGCAUAUCUUGUCGGAUAUGUUAUUUCAAAUGAUAAAUCAACCCAGACACACGGUGCUCGAGGGUUGCUUGACAUUGUUGAACGUGGAAAUG